AUUUGAGGGUGACGCCUGUAGUUAUGGAAACAGCACGCUUGUCCUGCAACCUUCCAGUGCUCUCUCAAACUACAACAGCGCUUCAGAAAGUCGAACGAAACUUCAGAAAUGUGCUAGUGUAGGCACUAUUUAAUAAAAGUACCCUUUCGUCUUCUAAAUACAGACGAUAUAUAUAUAUGAGAAUAAAGUUAGACACAUCGCACAGAUGAACAGGUUACAGUGUGUCGGAAGACCCUCAGAAGUCUCAUCAAAGCUCAGUGAAAAGGAAGUUCCACCCUUGAAGCUUUUGAGUGCCAGCUUGGGAGACCCAGCAGCAAAAGAAGCAGUGGAACGGAAAGCAAAGUAGGUUUAAAACUGUGUUACUAGGUCACUAGCUUUUUACAUUGUUUGAAUACAGACCACUAAUAAAGGAAGCCUGGAUUUUUACGAGAGUGUAUACAGUAAGCAUUAUUUCCUUUACAAACUAUGUGUGUGUCAAUUGUAUUCAGUGUUUUGGUUUGAUUCUAGGCAAACAAAACUCAAAAUAAAUGAAAAGACAGAAGGACAGGCUCCUGCUCAAACCUCUGAGACAGCAUCAAAUAUGAAACUUAGCUCUUCCACAAGGCAGCAGAAACCAAAACCUGAGGGAAAGACAGAUGGGAUGGAUUCUUCCUUAACAACAAAACAAAAUGCUUUCCAGAAGUCAGAAACAUUAAAUCCUAGUCUCAAAGCACACAGUUCUAACAGCAGAGGGUAUAAUGCCUCUAAAGCUCCGUCCUUCAGAAAUGUAACCACGCAUGGACAUAAACCACCCAAACAGGUUCCCUCGAUUAUGACAGCACUGGAAAAGCAAGAAGAAUGUGAAGUUCAGUCAGAAAGUGUGCAUGAACUGCACACUCAGGCCCCUGGAGAAGUGCUGUCCGCAAAUGACAAGGAAUCUCCUGAGGCACAACAUGAUGAGGAGGAAAAUGAGAGCGAUGAAGGACUUGUACCGCUAGAACUCUUUGCAGAGUUUCUACAGGCUGUGAUGAUAAAGAAUUACCAACUUGCAAAGAAGCUUUGUCAGAUGAUUUUAAUUUAUGAGCCCCAGAACUCAGAAGCCAAAUGGUUCCUUCCACUCAUUGAAGAAAAACUGCUGAUGGAAGCGGAUGAAGAAUCGGAUGAUGAUGAUGAUGAAUCUGACACAUCUGAUGAUAAUGAUGAUGAAGAUGAUGAUGAUGAUGAUGAUGAGUCAUCAGAGAGCUCUGACACAGAUGAAGAGUCCAUUGACAGCACAGAUGAUACAUUAUCAUCUUCAUGCUAAAUUAGCAUCUGGUGGAGUGAAUGUCCUGCAUCACAAACAUUAUUGCUUAUAUGUCUUGUGCUCAUAAACAAUGCGUGAUCUGUUCAGCAUCUCAUGUAUGCAGUUUUCUCAAUUGCUGACUGCACAUAUUCUGUGUGAAUUGUGUAUUGUGAAUAAAAUACCCAUUUCAAGCUUAA